AUGCGCAAAUUUGUAGCGCUCGACAGUUUGGUGAACGCGGGCGAGAUCGAACCAUUUCCGAGUGAUGCAAUCCAAAACUUGAGGCACGCGGUUCUUUUCCCAGAACUCUACAAACCAAAUAUCCAGCAAGCUUUGAAAAAUAUCAACUUCAGAUUCCACAGAAGCUGCAGCUUCUCUAAUUUGCUACGGGUGCACCCUGUGCUGGAUAGUAAUAUGAAUUUCAUGUGUGUGAGAGCAGUGGGCGGAUAUGAGGCGGAGGAGCGGCAGCUGCGCGCGCGUAUUGCAGACUCGUUGACGUUCUCGUCGCCGGCGUCCUCGCUGCUGCAGCCCACCGGCCGCUCCAUGUCCAUCCUAGGUUCGGUCUGUGCGCUGCUGCUCAACAAACAAGGUUCCUCAGCAGUUGCGAAGGAGGUUUCAAGUUUCACCGGCAGUCGACACUCAGACAACAUAUGUCGCAUUUGCUUCGGCGGGGAGUCUGCCGAGCGGCUGGUGAGGCCGUGCUCCUGCCGCGGCACUAUCGCCGCCGUACACCGCACUUGCCUCGAGCGGUGGCUGCUGCAGGCCGCUACCUCCUACUGCGAGCUCUGCAGGCAUCAUUAUGUCGUCACCAGGAGUCACAAGUAA